AGCACGCCAAAGUUCGCGCGCGCACACAUUGGGAAACCUGAGCAAACUGUGGCGUUUUUAUCUGUGGUCCGGGUCCAGUCAGAGCUGCUAUAAAAGCCGCAGCUCCCUCCCAGACGGUCUGCUCAGCUCCUCAGGACUGGAGGACCACCACCCCUGAACAACCACCUCCUCCAUCAUGAAGCCUCUCCUCCUCGUGGCGCUGCUCGGAUGCCUCGCCUCGGUGUUCGCGAGCCCCGUCGCCAAGGUGAAAUGGUGCGUAAAAUCCAACCAAGAAUAUCGGAAAUGCACGGAUCUUGCAGCUGCAGCUCCCGUCUUUACCUGCGUGAAAAAAGAAAGCACCCUGGAGUGCAUCGUUGCAAUUAAGGCAGGUGAAGCAGAUGCGAUCACAGUGGACGGAGGAGACGUUUACACUGCUGGACUCAACAACUAUGACCUCCGCCCCAUUAUUGUUGAGGAUUACGGUGACCAAACUCCGGACACCUGCUACUACGCUGUGGCCGUGGUGAAGAAGGGAACUCAGUUUGGGAUCAGAGAUCUCGCAGGAAAGAAAUCCUGCCACACUGGUUUGGGGAAAUCUGCAGGCUGGAACAUUCCCAUUGGGAGACUAGUGUCCAUGGGUAUUAUUCAGUGGGCUGGCGUAGAAGACAAACCAGUGGAGGAGGCGGUGGGCAGCUUCUUCCAAAGCAGCUGCGUCCCAGGAGCAGCUAAAGGCUCCAAACUGUGCAAACUCUGCUCUGGAGACUGCUCCAGGUCCCACAGCGAGCCGUACUAUGACUACUCCGGAGCCUUCCAGUGUCUGGCAGAUGGAGCUGGGGACGUGGCUUUUGUGAAGCAUUUAACUGUACCUGAUUCUGAGAAGUCCAAAUAUGAGCUGCUUUGCAAGGAUAACACCAGAGCACCUAUUGACAGCUACAAAUCCUGCUCCCUGGGCAGAGUACCAGCUCACGCUGUUAUCUCCCGCAAGGACCCGCAGCUUGCUGAGCUAAUCUGGAACAGCAUCAACGGAGUGCAGAACUUCAACCGCUUCUCCUCUGAGGCCUACGCCCCCGCCAAGAAUCUGAUGUUCAAGGAUUCGACCAAGAGGCUGCUUCGGCUGCCCGCAAACACAGACUCCUUCCUUUUCCUGGGCGCUGACUACAUGAGUACCAUCAGAUCCCUAAAGAAAGAGCAAACCCCAGGCGCUGCAUCUCCUGCCAUUAAAUGGUGCGCUGUGGGCCACGCUGAAACCUCAAAGUGCGACACGUGGAGCAUCAACAGCGUGACUGACGACAGCGCCUCCAUCGAGUGCCAGAACGCCCCCACAGUCGACGACUGCCUGAAGAUGAUUAUGCGCAAAGAGGCCGAUGCGAUGGCAGUGGAUGGAGGUCAAGUGUACACUGCUGGAAAGUGCGGUCUGGUUCCUGCCAUGGUGGAGCAAUACGAUUCAAAUCUGUGCAGCUCCUCUAAUGACAAAUCCUCCUCUUACUUUGCCGUUGCUGUGGUGAAGAAGUCCUCAGGAUUGACCUGGAGCACUCUGAAGGGAAAGAGGUCUUGCCACACUGGUGUUGGCAGAACCGCCGGCUGGAACAUCCCCAUGGGUCAAAUCUAUAAACAGACCUCAGACUGUAAUUUUGCUAAUUUCUUCAGCAGUGGCUGCGCGCCCGGGUCCGAGCCCAACACUCCGUUCUGCCAGCAGUGUAAGGGCAGCGGCAAAGCCGUGGGAGACGAGGCCAAAUGCAAAGCCAGUGCUGACGAGCUUUACUACGGUUACGCUGGAGCCCUCAGAUGUCUGUUAGAGGAUGCUGGGGACGUUGCCUUUGUUAAACACUCUACGGUGCUCAGCAGCAGCGAAGUGGACAACCUCCGGCUAAUCUGCCCGGGGCAAGCUAACUCAGUGCCAGCCACUGAUUAUGAACAGUGUAACCUGGCUAAGGUGCCUGCACACGCUGUUGUGACUCGCCCAGAGAUCCGUAACGAGGUGGUCCGAAUCCUCCUGGACCAGCAGACCAAGUUUGGAACCAGUGAAAGUGAUCCCACGUUCAGACUGUUCCACUCUGAAAAUGGAAAUAACCUCCUCUUCAAGGACUCCACCAAAUGUCUCCAGGAGGUUUCAGCUGCAACAACGUAUCAACAGUUUUUGGGAAAUGAAUUCAUGGUUGCCAUGUCCUCACUCAGACACUGCAGUGAUACAACACCAGAUUUGGAGAGAUCUUGCACUUUCCAUUCCUGUCAGGAACAAUAAACGGAGGUUCCUCAGUCAGCUCAGCCAUCUUUACUCUCACUUUUCUACACUCGAGACCUUAAUCACUUUUAGGUUGAAUCAAAAUGAUCUAGGCCUGCUUUUCUUUUUUUUUUUUACACUUAACACAGAGAUACAAAAAAUUGUCAAAUCAAUAAUCUCAUAUUUUAAUGCCAAAAGAAUGUUACAUUUCAUUUGUUGUAAGAUCAAAUUUGUUUUGUUAACAACUGCCUGACUUUUCUCAAAUAAAGAAUUUUUAAUGCA